UACCAUUCGAGAAUUGUUGCCACAACAUCACGCUCUUCGCCAAAAGGGGCAAACACCUGUUGGGAAGGCAAGGGUUCUAUUUUUCUUCGUAAUUCUGCAUAGUCAAGUUGAAGUAUUACUACUGAAGUAGUUGAAAAAUACUCGAAGGAGAUGAUGAACAAGAAUUCAAGUUUUGUAAGUUGGCUAAAUUUAAUAAUUAAAGAGGAGUUCAAGUUUCAUAAGUUGGUUUAAUUUAAGUUAAGGUUAAAAAUAAAAAUACUUAUGAAAUCAUUAUUUAUUUCUAACGUUAUCGACUCGAAAGUAGUUAAUGUUAAUGGAAGACUUCUUGAUAGAAAAUCUAUGGAAGAAGAUUUAUUUCGGGCUGUAACAGGUGGGGGAGGAUCAAGCUUCGGAGUUAUUCUUGCAUAUAAUAAAAUCAACAUUGUUCGCGUUCCUGAAAUAGUCUCUGUCUUUCAAGUUCAAAGAACAGUCGACCAAAAUGGAACAGAUAUUGUUGAGCAGUGGCAACAAGUUGCUUACAAUCUUGAUGAUGAACUUUUCAUUAGGACUGACAUGGAUGUGGUAAACAGUGCCACUCGAAUCGGUGAAAAGACUGUAAGAACUACUUUCUUAGCCUUGCUCCUUGGAGACUUGAAAAGACUGCUUUCUAUCAUGAAUGCAAGCUUCCCUAAACUGGGUUUGCUUCGGUCAGACUGUUUCGAAAUUAGUUGGCUUGAGUCAGUCCUUUUCUGGGCAAACUUCCCUCUUGAGACACCAACUGAUGCUUUGCUAAGUGGAACACCGCAAUCACUGACUUACUUGAAAAUUAAAUCAGAUUAUGUUCAAAAGCCAAUUCCAAGGGAUGGUUUGGAGGGCAUAUGGAAGAAAAUGGUCGAGCUACAAGUGCCUGUGGCAUAGUUUCAAUCCUAAUGGAGGAAAGAUUUGGGAGAAAAGCUACUUGGAAGGAAGUGUUUAUGGGAUCAAAUAUUUUAAGGAGAAUUUCAACAGGUUGGUUGAAAUCAAGACUAAGGCUGAUCCUUCC